AUGGCUAUUCAUAUUCUGUUCGUCGCUCUCCAGGAGCAAGUGCUGAGUGAAAAGCUCGAGCAUGAGGUUAAAACGAGGAGCGCAGAGGUUGCUCAGCUGAAGCGAGAUGCUGCCGAGUCUUUGGCGUCAGAAAGGGAAGUGUGGCGCCGAAAAUGUGGAGAACUGGAGGGUAAAGUGGAGGUAGCAGAUGAGCUCGCGGCCAGUCUCCGAGCUCGAAUCUGCACCCUGGAGGAGGAGGUAUCAUCAUUACGCAAGGCUAAUAAUAUAUUAGAUCGAGAGAUAGAUCGUGAAAGGGAGCUUCGAAAUAAAGAGUCGGAGGAGCUGCAAUCGUCGCGGUUAGCCCUGGUGUCAGAGAACGACGAGUUGGACAGACGAAUACGUGCAUUGCUAGAUGAGCUCAGCAUCGCCCGGACUGCGUUGAAGACCCAGGAAGAGAUGACGGCAGCACGAGCCGUUGACAUAACACAAGAGGCUGAAGGUCUUGUCAAGCGCUGUGCGAAGGCUGAAGAGGAAGUAGUGGUUAUGAGGAAGGAAGUCCAAGCUUUACGGAUGGAGAACAGCCGACUUGUGGAACAGUUGGAGAAGGAGGUCACUCACCAUCGUAAUGCAGUUGAUAAGAAGGACCAGGAGCUCCUGACGGCCGCGCAUCAAAAUGAGGCUGAACUUGCCGCUCGGCGAAAUGAGGCCGAGAAACUUCGCAAGCAGUUGGAAGGUUUGAAAAAAGAUUGGGUUGAACGGGAGGAUGGUCUCAAACGGAAGAUGCAGGAGAAAAUUGAGAUGAACGGACUCGAACUGGAAGUUUAG